UCUCUCUCUCAUUCAUAUUUUCAAAUUAGUAUCAACAAGAAGAAAAAAAAAAGAAUGGCAAAAGCUAUGGAGGUCUGGGUGGGAGAGAUGAAAAAGAUGGGUGAGAAGAUAAACCGUAGAAACCCAUUGAUGCAAAAGAAGAAGAGUACAUCUUCUGUUGUGUCUGAACAACAGCAAGGAGAAGAAGAAAGAAGGCUUAAACAAAAGGUAAGAGAGAAAGAUGAAGCUGCAACCAUGUCUGAGAUCACUGUGUGUCUUCUCAUGGACCGUUUUGUUCCAUGGUGAUACUCCAAUUAUUUUGAGAUGGUGAUGAUGUGUAUACAUAUCUAGAUUUACAUGUAUAUCUUUGUCUAUAGAAGUUGUCAUGUUCUUACAUUUCCUUGUAAAUUUAUGAAAGCGAUGUGUGUUUAAGAGCAAUCAUCUAUUCUGUAUUUCUGUUCAAUCAAGAAUGUUCAAUUA